ACGAGUUCCUUCACUUGUUUUUAAGCUAUAUAUGUUGGUUGGAAAGCUCCUCCAGGCCUCUCUGUAACAUCAAUAUCAGGAAUAAAACAUUUGAGCAUUAAAAAAAAACCUUCAGUCCAUCUUUGAAUACAUGCAUAUACAUACACAUAUAGGGUGAUUUUUAAAGUCUUGUCACUUUUCUCUGAUUGAAGUCACCUCAAAGACUAGACAAACAGGUGCCUGUCGCCUUGGUGAUGAGCCUAUGCAAGUGUGGUGGGAUCGCAGGCAACCCACGUGACUGUUUCCAGGUCUCACUUUAUUCUUAUCACUUUAGGCUCUGUGGGUGAUUUUGUAACGGUGGAUCUAAAACUCUGGCAGCUUAUAUUUAUUGAGUGGCCGAUCAAUAUUGGCGGUCUUGGUUAAAAAAUUGUACCAAAAUUAAGAGUUCUUUGUUUUUGUGUUUUUUCUAUACAGAUUAUUUUUUGGCAGCCAGUUGAAAUAAGCCUAAAAAGGACCCUUUGUUUUCCUAAGCAAAUUUCCACAAUUUGAAGCCGGCAAGAGUCAGAUUUCCAUGAAAAUCAGUGAGGGGUGGAGUCAACAAAAGGUAGGCUACAACUGUCACUACCGUCACUGUCACUUCACACUGCUUUCCUUUAUCGACACCAGCGCAUCUCUUCUCCGCGGAUCAACUUCAACAGAUAGGAUUUUUAUUUUUCUUGGAAAAGGACAAGAAACUACAUUUAACAAAUUACGACAAAGAAUUUGUACAUGUCGGAGUUGCUACAAUUUGCACGAAAGAUGUUGGAUUUACUACAGUAUCAUUAUGCCGAGAUGUUUCAUGGUGAAGAUCAGAAAGUUUUUCAGGCGAAUGACAACCAUUCAAGACGAAAAUGAGCCGGUAUUUUCAGCCUCAGACAACCAGCCGCUCAGAAAACACUGUUCCCCAACUUCAAGUGACUAUAGUUGUGUUGUCUGUCAAAAGGUUUACUCAACCGUUCAUGGACUUGAGGUCCACAGCAGAAGGUCUCACAAAAGAAAGAAGCCCUUUGUCUGCAUACUGUGCAAUAAAUCUUUUGGUCAUGUUGUCAGCUUGAGACAGCAUAUGAACAUCCACUCAAAGGAAAAAAGAUUUGAGUGCGAGGUCUGUAGCAAAACUUUUAAUCGUUCCUUUGCACUCAAAAGACAUCUGAUAAUCCAUUCGGACAUCAGGCCUUACCCCUGCCAGUACUGUAACAAGAGGUUUCAUCGGAGGUCUGAUAUGAAGAAGCACACACGCGUUCACACUGGUGAAAAGCCUCACAAAUGUGAAAUUUGUGGCAAUGCUUUCAGCCAAAGCUCCAACCUGAUCACACAUCAGUGGUCACACUCAGGCUUCAAACCUUACCACUGUGACAUUUGUCCAAAGGGUUUCCAACGUAAGAUGGCUCUGCAAAGGCACCACAAGCGCCAGCAUGGCGUAAACUCAGCUGAGUUUCCCUGUAUUUUUACUGUACCGUAUUUUAUUGUAUUUGUUCAUAUUGUGGUUUAUGAUUAUCUUCAAAACUACUUCAACACUUCCAUCACCAUCCUCAUCAGGUACUCUGGUCAGAAUGAGAAUGAUUUCAUUUCUAAGGGUUUUCGGCCGUUUUGUGAGGCGAACUAUGCAUCUCCCAUGUACUGUUUGUUUAUUCCCACCCAAGAUUAUACCUUGUUUAUCUUCUUAAUUAUGUACCUGAUGCUCAUACACUGACCACUGAGGUUAGUAACUCAAAACAGUUCUGGUUACUGUCAUGGUUUGUGUUUUGAAUUUUCUUGUGUUUUGGUAUCUGUUAUGUAUUAGUAUGAUUAUUAUUUUUCAUUUAACUGGUUAGUUCUGAGUUUAUUCUUAUUACCUCGCUGAGUUUACUUAUGAUCAGUUUAGUUAUUUGUUUAUUAGGUUCCCUUGAGUCUUUGUUCUCUGUGCCCCUCUCUGUGUCUCUGUUUGUGUACGUUUGUUCCAUGCCUCUCCUGUCUGUUUUGUCCUCUGUAUGUUGCUCCAUAGUUAUGUCCGCAUCUCAUCUCCCAUUGUCACUUCCUUGUUCCCUUGUUAAGUCAGAGUGUCUUAGUCUGCCUUUUUCCUGUUUUAUUUUGACAGUCUCGUGGUCGAUGUUCAGCAUGUUUAGUUUUGCCUUCCCUGUGGCGUCAGAUUCAUUUGUAUCAGCUGUGUUCCCCCUGUGUUUCCACUUCCCCUGAUCACCUACUGUCUGUAUAUAUUGUGUGAGUUUCCCCCCAACCGUUGCCAUCGCGGGUGCUUUCCCCCGUGGCUCUCCUGUGUCCCUCCCGUGUUUCCAGUGUUUCUCUAAUGUUCUGGGUUUUGUCUUUUUUUUAGUUUCUCCAGUUCAGGCAAUCCUCUGUUAGUUUGUUAUUUAUGUUUCUUCCCCAUUGGCUAUAUCUGCCUAAAUAAA